AUGUAUAACGACAUGGACUUUGACGUGGCCGCCAACGACAUUUCCGAGCAGGUGGUUGUAAUACGCGAUCCCGAGUUGGCGAUGACGAUAGAAAAAUGGGUGUUGAAGCUGACUGCGGAGAACCGAGGCGCAAACGAGCUUAAGUACUUGCAACUAUUGCAGUACAUGAUGGCCCGGGGGAGGAUCAACGGUCCGUUCGUGAGGGACCCGCCGCCGGGUCCCCUGGUACCGUUAAGUCGGUACGUAAAUCCACCUCCUUGCAGUGGUCAUGGCCGGGACAGUGGCGGGGUCGAGUGUUGGCAGACGAGCAACUGUAGCAGGGCCGCGCAGACGAGGUGCGAGGACAUGGACGGUGACUAUGAAGACGAGGACUUCGAAGAGCAGGUGGACAACGACGCUAACAACGAUGAAACGACAGUAAACGGUGACGUCGUUGGAGACUUGCACAGCAACGGUGGGGAACUGCAAUCGCCGCGGUUGGAGGACAUUGGCCAAGACGACGGGGUGCAGGCAAAACGCGACGGUCAUUUGGCGGGUGGUGGUGGGGGAGAGUGUCGUGGAGCAGCCUCAAAGAAAAACCCAUUCACCAAAUUGUGUGAUCCGUGUUUGGACAAUUUCGGACGGCACUUGCUAAAGAAACAACCAGGACCAUUGGACGCAGCUUACAGGGACUUGCUGGGAGACUGCGCGCUGCCUGUACUCACUGAAGCCGAACAGAAGACAGUCUGUCCGGAGCUGUUGCAGAUUUUGGAGAAUGUCGACGACACCACCACGUUACAAGACUUUUACUUCCAGGUGGCGCUUUGCACGUGCGACCAGGGCGCGCUAAUGAUGAAGUUGUCGGACGCCAUGGUGGACGACUUCAGGACGUUCGUGUCAGACGUGUUCGAGAGCCGAACGGAACACAUCAGCGACGGUUUGGCCAAGGAGCAGAUGGCACUGUGCGAAAAAUACGCGUAUCUGUACGACCGGACGCUGAACCGGGCUACGCUGGCUAUGGAUUUCCUGCGGGAAGCCAUGCCAGUGUUCAGCUGGCACAAAUACCAGGCGGAACCGGAUGAGUACUUGAAACGGACGAUAAUGCGACGGGCGGCGGUCGUAGCCGCAUCAUCGGGAGACGCAGCGGCGGCUGCCGACGGUGACGGACGCCCGGCCACUCGCGCACCUGCCUCGCUCACCGAUGACGAAAUCGCUGAGGCGGCCGGUCGCGAGGACGAUGACGGCGCCCAGCAAUCGGUCAUCAAGAAGCUACUGUACAGGAUCAACUGGCUGCGGACCGAAGUGGGCCGGGUGGAUUGCGAGGGACAGCGGCUGUACGAACAGCACAGCGAGCUAACAGUCAGUUUGGCUGACCUCAACCGCCGCUUAUCCGACGAUCAGUGCCGAUCGGCCGGCGACAUUGACCGUCACAAAAACGAACUUACCGUGCUUCGACAACGGUCAGCCGACCAGACGGCGAUCAUCGAUCGGCUCAUGGAGACCAUACAGUUGACCAUGCAGGACAAGCAGCCGUCGUCGGCCGGAUGUUAGCUGCAGCCCCCGCUGUGACGCCGCCGACUAAAUGAUUUAUUUUAGCGUCCGAUACUCUGUUCCAGCUAUAAAAUUGAUCCCACACGAAUCAUCGGGUUACCACUAUAUAAAUAUUUUAUUACGUGUAAUUUCAUUUUAAUUAUAUCUUUUAAC